CGGGAAUCUUUGCGCAGACACGAUGGUUCGAAAUACCACCGAUGUUCCAUCGGUUGGAAUGUUUUAGUUUAAAUGUAUAGCUACCUGAGCAAUAUAUUUCAUUAAGUUUGGUGACUGACUUAAUUUCAGUGCGAAAAAAGUAUGGACUCAAGUGAUGAUAACAGCGACAGUGAGCUCUUUUUGACUGCAGCUGGAGGUUAUGAAUUCCCUCCUGUCCCUGAACACUCCCAGCUGAAACCAAAACUAGAUUCUAUUUUUGCUGAAGUGGAGAAAAAUCUUCCUUCUAUUGAUUUUGAUCUCUCAGAUGUGAGCUCAGACAAUGAAGAUCAGGAAAUUUUCCACCGCUCUUUGUUCAACACCUCUCUGUUUGACGAUGACAAGGACUUGGACACAAGUCAGUGUGGGGAUACAUUCUCAGGCCUUUCUCAACCCAAUAUAGAUUCAGUGUCACUGACAAAUGUAAGAGUAGAUGUGGACACACAGGCUGUUGAGAUUCAGGGUAAUGUUGCAGCUGCAGCCAUUGGUCACCCAGAGCGACCCAGAACUCAGGCAAAAUCAACAAGUUGGACUGAAGUAGUCAUAGAAUCUCAUGAUGAGAAAGACAAAUUUAAAGAGAGAAAGACGGCCAGUAAUAAUGCCACCAAAACAAGCACAGGCACCCAGAUGGAUGAGGACUUGGCUCCCAUGGCAGGAGCCAUGAGUGUUAUGGAACAAGAACUUGACAAUGAGGACAAGUAUAGGCCAAACAGUACAGAGGAGGAGCUGGAAAAACACGAGAAGGAGUCAACAAGUGAGACAGCCUCUAAGGUCAGCUCAGCAUCGUCCUCUGGGGUGGGGACAUAUAAUUCUGGGGACAAGCGGAUGAACAAAUUGGUGACUACUGAGGAAAUAAGAAGAAAUGAGAAGAAACUGGUGUCUAAUAUGGUGCCCACAUCUGCUCCCAAACUCUUGAGUAAUAAUCUAAAUAUAGAUCUGAUUUUGUGCUCACUUGAUGAAGAGCACCGUAUGAAUUCAUCUGUGCCCCCUGUAGUCAGGGAAGCCUGGGCCAGGCAGCAGAGGAUCCAGUCACUGAUUGGAGCAGGGGAAGGAUCCAACAGAUUCCUGAACGAACACAGAGAGGAGGAGAAUACCCCCUCCCAGACUCUGAUUCAGAGAUUGGCCGAGUUCUCAAUGACCCAGUCAGGGGAAGACAUGACAGACAUCGACCCACUGACCGGAGCCCAGACCCCCAGGGACACUGACGCUGAUGUCAUAGAAACAGAUAACAGGUCAAAAAGUCCCCUCUUUACAAGGAGGAAACCUCCUCCUGAGGAACAGAAGGAAAAGAAAACAACCUCUACCAGCUGUGGAACCAACACAAAUAACAACGAUGGCCCACUGAGGAUCAUUACACCCACCCCCAAGAACAAGCUAGAAGCAGAGAAAAAUCCAGAAUCAAAACGAGAAAGAGAAACUGUGUUUAUUGACCUGAGAAAUCAUGACCAAAAAGUCAAGGAGCAGCAGCAGAUCAUCUCUCGAGUCCAGCAGGUGCUGCACAUCAGUCAUGAAAGUGAGAGUAGCAGUGACAGUGACUCAGAGGAUGACAUGCAGACCUGGUUUGAACAGAGGAGGCGUUUGAAGCAGACUCUGGCCACAAGAGGGGUCAAUGCUGAUGCUCUCCCUAACAAACCAAAACCUAAAAGUGCAGAGCCAUUCAAGCAUCCAAAUCGAGUGAUUAACUUGUCAGAACUGGAUAACCGACUUGUAGCGAAGAUUAAGCCGGAGACAGCUGAUGAGGAGCUGAGUGAGGAGCAGAAGGCUGCCCUCGAGAAGGAGAGGAAGAUCAAAGAGGAGGAAAGGGAACGACAGAGGAAGAUUGAGGAAGCAAGAAAACAAAGAGAGGAGAGGGAAGCAGAGAGACAAAGUCGUUUACGCUUGGCCAAAAGACUUGAGGUUUUGAGGCCGACUGCUUCUGUCAGCGGUAAACAGGAUUGUGCUGAGACAACACCUGUUAUGUUUGACCUGGAAGCAUCUUAUGAGCCCUCUCCUUCCACACUCCCCCCAUUUCUCCCCUCGGACAAAGAGAUUCUGUUGUUGACCAUCCAUCUGUCAAGUAAUGGGGAAAUUAUUUUGCACAGAGGGAAGUCAAAGAGUGUUGACACAGGUCUGGGUCUCUCAGCCUCUUACACUGUCCUCCUGACCUGGCUGUUAUCCAUGGUCCCUGAGAACUAUGAUUUCCUCAUCAAGAAGCCUGAGGAGCUGGAACAGGUGCCGUUCUAUCCUCCGUUCUAUGUGCUGGGGAUGCAGCAGCUGUUAAUGGAUGAGGACCUGUGUCUGGUGGUGGCUGUUACUCCUCAUCCACUCUGUGACAUUAAGGGCAUUCCAAACAAACAGAAAAAAUCUAAGACAAAGCUGAAGGAUGAAGUUAAAAAUAAUUCUCCAUUUCAACAAUUCCUCACCAAGUUUUUAUCCACCAAUACUCUGCACACAGUGUGCCCCUGGCUACAGGCAGUGGUCCCUAUAGACAUAAGUUGUCCCUCCCAAGACCCUGAGGACACAGCUACCUAUGUGUACAGAGCCCCCUUACCAAUCAUCACAACUAAACCCCUGUCCACAUUCAUACAGAUGAACCCAGAUUCCCAGGCUGCUCAAAAAGUGUUUAACACCCCUGUGGGCUUUUUCUGGCAGACAGUGGACAAUGAGGAGUCUUCAUUUGAUCACGGACUCGGUGACAGUGAGGUGAAUUAUGACACUCAAUUGACAAUGUCUCUCGUGUACAAGAAAAUUUUCCAGGAACCUCCUGCCAUGUCGGGUAUCUUUAACAAGAUCAUGCAGGAGGGACUGGACCUGUCUGGGGUAAGACUGCUAUAUCCAGUGCAAGAACUUCUGGAUAAACCAAGUGUGCCAAAUCAAUCCAAUCGUGUUCAUUCAAACAUAGAAUUCCUAAACAAAGUGGGCCCAGUCCUGGCUUUAGGUCUGCGGGGUACCUUUGCUCGUGCUAUUUGGUUAGAUGCUGUAGGACCCACUGACCCAGCUCUGGCCCGAAGGACUGACCCAAAUUCUUUGUGUGCUUUGUUUGGAGGUGCAUCUCGAGAUGAGUGUUUGUUGUUUUCUCCGAGGAAUCCUUCAAGAGUGCAUUCCGAGCUCACUCGCUGGUUCGCAGGAAGGGUUCCUCCUGGUGGUGUCAUUGAUGUGGGAACUCCAUAUACUAGAAAAGAUCAUCUGAGAUCUGGAAGUCCGAAAGGUCAAAAGGCAAAAAAGACCACUUCAAUUGGUGAAUUAACUGAGGAAAGACCAGCCUCUGGUCAGUCCAAGAAAAGCUCCUCCCACCACAGUCUGAUGGACAGCCAUACACAGCACCGCCCACCAGCUGCCCUGACAGCUACCACCACAAGUGAAAUCAUUCUAGUUAUCUCCCCUGUAGUAAGACCACAGUACAUUGGUAUCAUCAUGGCCUCCUGUCAAAGAAAGGGAUUUAGAAUCAGAGGAGUAAGGAGGCAGAAGCUUACCACCAAAAAAGUUGCAAGUCUCGGAAUUGACAGUAGUUUGUUGAGAGCAUUUUGUCCGGGGAUCUCAGAUGAUGGGGUACCCUCCCAGGCCAGUAAGCAUGCUGAAGCCACCUCUCCAUGCUUCCUCUUGCUGCUGGAGAAGGAGAAUGCUGCACAUAAUGCUGCUAGUUUGAUUGAGUCUUGUAUGAUUCAGCUAACUCUGAAGGGAUUGAUGGAAAAUAUGCAAAGUACAGUAGAUCACUAUUUAGAAUCGAAGCACAUGUUUUAUUCUGCUCGAUACUCCGACAAUUUACUGGUCAACCUAGGAGGUGACUUCUCAAAAUGUGUAGAUCAUGAGAUUCAGGUGAACCCUAACUUUGUGGUGCCAAAGCUGUACACAAACCCAGAAAUGGAACAGAUUGUGAUACUGAUACUGCUGGGACACGAGAUUCAGAAAAACUCUGGAAUGUUUGUGGGUAAACUUUUGGGCAUGAUUCCUUUUGGAAAGUUGACUACUGUGGUGCCCCUGAAGGAGGGGUUUGAACUUUUGGGGAUGAAAUGGCUCCCAGGACUGACCACCUCUCAGGCCAAGGAAGUGACCCCCUGUGAAGUUGGUGACCGACUGUGGAAAGACAACAUACACACUUUAGUGUCAGAACCUGCCCUCGUGUUGGCCUUGAGAGGAAUUGAUGCCUUCCGUCGUCUGGAGGCUGUGGUACCUCUUGCUCAGCCUGGUAGAGGGAAAGAUUCUCACAUAGACUACAUCAUGUCAAGGAAUGCUGAGGAGUCCUAUGGAUUCGCCAGGGCUUUCUUCACAGAUAAGGAGAUCUUCUCAGACCCCACAGCAAGGCAUUUGUUGAUGUACCUACCCCAGGUCCGUCACCAUAUCCAAGGAUUUGGAUCCAGGUCCCAUUCCAUCAAGACUGAUGUGAUGACAGAGUCUAUGUUUGACGUGAUGCUGUCUGGACCUCAGCCAAUCUCCACGCUCCUCGUCAUCAAACCGCGGGCAGUCAAGAAACACCUAACCAAGAUCCUGCGUAAGGUCAUGUUGGAGGGCUUCACCGUGGUGGGAUUGAGGCUGGGGGUGGUCAGCCAGGAGGAGGAGUUAGUCUGCCUCAUCGACGAGGAUGGAGAGCUUGAUUCUGACAGAUUGGAUCAGCAUAAAAAGUAUCUCAGUUCAGGACCUUCACUCAUUCUGGCUCUAGAGAGAGAAAAUGCAGUGAAGAAGUUGUUAGAUCUGCUUGGACCAUGUGACCCUCUGAGUGCCCGCAGACAGAGCCAGUUUCUGUGGAGGGGAACCUUUGGCAUGGACACUGUUGCUAAUGGACUUCACGGUUCUCAGAACUUUCCACAUGCAGUACAGGAACUAAAGCUGUUCUUUAAAGAUGGAUUAUGCUGUAAUGAAACAGACGAAUUGAGAGACUUGGAGAUUAUUGGACCUGCUAUAGACAGUCUGUUGGAUAUGACAAAGGGGGAUAAAAGAAUUGUGCAGAUCACAAAUAUGCAAGGCGAUACAGAUCACUCCGCAAUUGAAAUCCAGCUGUUACUUCAGACAACAUGCAUUGUGCUGAAGCCCCCACUUCUGAAAAUCCAUGACAGAGGCCACUAUGCUUAUGUUGACAUUGUGGAGGAGCUUCUAAAGCAAGAAUUUGAGAUAGUUGGAGCUCGGAUGGUUUGGUUUACACAAGAGCAGGCAGAGGUAUUCCUCCACAUCAUCAAUGCAGGCAGUUAUAAACAGGUUCCUAUGUUGCUGGCAGGCCCCUCCCUAGUAUUUGCCUUACAAAGAGAUAAUGCUGUGUUGUCCUUUGACUCUAUUCUGGGAAGUGAUUUUGGUGCAGAUUCAAUUAUUGGUAAAUAUGGAGGUGGAAUAUUCCGCCCAGCAGAUAUCAAACAGGCUCACAGGAUGCUCGGCUUUUUCUUUGACGAUUUGAUGCCAGGAAGUCAGAUCAAAAUUACUCCAAAGGAUGAAUCUGUCAGCUCGUGAACUUCUUUUUCUCUUCCAAUCUCCCGACUACAGUAUUAUAUGGGCGUUUUCUAAGGAACCUCGAAUUGAAGUCUUCGAAUCAACGUUCACAUUCACCCGAAUAUUAAAUAUUCAAAUUUUAUAUUUUUACUGAAUAUCAAGACGAUAAAUGGGUAUAAUUCAUAAGCUUAAAAACCUUGUAAGAUUUUGCGGCGGUUUACUUAAAAUGCAUAGUGGUAAUCACGACCAUAUAUAUUGGUGUCUGUGUUAUUCCAUUUUUCAAUUACUGUGAAUGUAUUAUAAUUGUGAUAUUUUAAUGCCGUCCACGUGGUUUGUCUAUUUAGAUAUUGUCUAUUUAUUAUCAACAUAUUGAACGUAUUUUGCUUCAUAUUCUUGGGUGUUUCAUUGUGUGAUAUAUUACAUGUGUAUGCCAAUUACCAUUAAAACUUUUUGUUAUAAAGGUAUUGAGAUGGGACCAUCUACAUGUACUUAAACAUCCUCUUGUUGAUGAUGUUACGUUUAAAAAUGCAUUGCAACAUUAUACAACUCUCAAAAAUGUCGAAUGAUAAGUUGAAAACUCUUAUUUAAUUUGUAUGUGAAAAAAAACACAGGUAAAGAGAUUCGCCCUUUUUUGUAACAAAUCUUAUUUUCCAUUUCCCACUGAAUGAACUUUAGAUCAGACCCCUUGAACUAGAAAGCUUUUGGGGGCUUCGUCUGAUAUACUACUUUUUUAUGGUCGAGACAUGUUUUCAAAACACAAAGCUACACAUGAACAGUGCUAUUUCUGAUAUAUCACAAAGUAAAAUGGUGUAUGGUUGGGCUGUUCAAAGACACGCGACGACUAUGUUCCUUGCUGCUGGUUUUACCAAGGGAAUUUCCGUAAUUUAAUUGAUGGUACUGCAAAACGUUAGUAAACUCAAACCAUGUAAUAUUUAUUUUAAUAGUUCGUCGUUUAUUUUACAUAUGUUGCAAGAUGAAAACUCUGCGUGCCAACAAUAUAUUUUAAGAUAUCACACAUCAAAGUCAGAUAUAUUUUUCAUGAGUUUUUAAAAUAGUUAUACAAUUACAUGUAUAUAUUUCCAUAUCUGUUCGUAACGCGAAUUUCCAUAGGUCUAAUAUUUAAACUCGUAUAUGCUGUGUUGCCAGAAUUUGUAAAUUCAUUAACUUCUUCCCAGUUUCAAAAUCGUAUAUUGCCCAACCCAUUUAAUAAUUGAAUAGAAUAUGGAACCAUUGAAUUAAUUCCCCAAUCUUCAAAAUAAGCUGCUUUUUAUGAAAAGCUGCUCUUAGAAGUAAGUAAGCCCCUUACUUCUUGCAAACAUAUUUGGUAGGAAAAAAAGUGAACUUGAUUAGGAAUAAAAAAAAAUAUUUUCUCAACUUUUUCUUCAAAACUAAGCCACUUUCGUAAGUAAGCUCCAGAUUAACAAAGCAAUCACAAUAUGCAACAUAACUGGGUUUUUUGUUUAGUUUAAUUUUAUGAUCUGAAUUGUUGUCACCAUUUUCAUCACAUCUUGUACUUUUUUGUGCGGUAUGUGCUUGUCUUAAAUAUUGCACAUGCAAUGAGAGCGCACCGUGUAAGGUUUACGUUAUUCAUCUAUCCGUCCGAUUGAUCUCUGAAUUUCUAUAACUAUUUAUUUUUGUGCGUGUGCCUUAACAUAUCUGGAUCAAUAAAUUUAUUUUAUUUAU